CACGAGGGAAAUUUUAUAUUACAGAAAAAAUGUUUGCCCAGAAGAAACGCUCCACUCUUUUGGCUUCUUCUUCUCCUUCUCAGAUUCUCUGUAGUGACUGAAAGAGAUUGAUGAAUCCAUCUACUCUCUGAUCUUACCCCUCCUCCUCCUUCUGUUCUGUCUCUGUGCCUGGGAAGGUUGUAGAAGGAGCAGCAAUGGCGGAGUUUAUCUGUUUACUUGGCAAGGACAAUGCCAUAGUUAUAAAGCCACCAAAGAAAUCGCCCUUGUUUUUAAGGAUGAUUGUUUUGCUGUUUGCAAUGGCUUGCGGUAUCUACAUAUGCUCAAUAUGCCUAAAACAGAUUGGUAAUGUCACGAGGUUUAAGUUCGAAAGCAUCCAGAUUGUCCAAAGACCCUCUUUGUCUGAACCAUUGGAUGCUGCCCCUCUUCAUUACCCAAAGCCUGAGACUUUUAGCCGGGCCGAAUGUGGGCAUAAUCCAGUGAGGUUCUUUGCCAUACUGUCAAUGCAGAGAUCAGGAAGUGGGUGGUUCGAGACAUUACUGAACAGUCAUGCGAAUGUGAGCUCGAAUGGGGAGAUCUUCUCGGUGUUGGGCCGGAGAAAUAAUAUUUCUUCCAUUAUUCAGACUCUUGAUAGAGUUUAUAAUCUGGAUGUGUUAACAAGCGCUUCCAAGAACGAGUGCUCUGCCGCUGUUGGAUUCAAAUGGAUGCUGAAUCAGGGUUUAUUGGAUAACCAUAAAGAUAUUGUGGAGUACUUUAACAGGAGAGGUGUCUCUGCCAUCUUUCUCUUCAGAAGGAACCUCCUCAGAAGGAUGGUCUCUGUGCUGGCUAACUCUUAUGACCGUUACGCUAAGCUACUGAACGGGACUCACAAGUCUCACGUUCAUUCCCCGGAAGAGGCAAAUGCACUUUCAAGGUAUAGGCCAGUAAUAAACUCAACGUCCCUGAUAUAUGAUCUUAAAGAAACAGAGAAUGUAGCAGCCAAGGCUUUGCAGUAUUUCAAUAGCACCCGCCACAUCGUUGUCUACUAUGAGGAUCUUAUCACAAACCGGACGACAUUGAAACAAGUUCAAGAGUUUUUAAACAUCCCUGUAAUGGAGCUAACGAGCAGACAAGUGAAGAUACACAGAGGAGACCUGUCAGCUCACGUCAAGAACUGGGAAGAUGUAAACAAGACCCUCAAUGGAACCCAGUACGAGAAAUUCCUUGGCGCUGAUUAUUAGGUUUUUGAUUCCAUGAUUUCUCCCGCAGCAACAUUUCGGCUAAAGGAAAUAUGCUUAAAUCACAUAAAAAAAAAAAGGAUAUUUUCUUUCGCAAAUCGGUUUUAGGCGGUUCUUCUCAACUAGUUGUUGAUAGUUUCAGCUCUCUUCCUUUUUUCUUUUUAUUUUCUUACCUUUAGGAAUUAACUGGGUUUUUUUUUUUCGUUUUUGUUUGUCUUGUUCUUCGUUAUUGUCGGUUUUCCCAAAUUCAUUGUAUAGAGAAUGAUGGAAUUGUAUUAUUCCUAAGCUAAUGACAGAUUCUGGGCAAGCAAUUGCUCGGCUUCAGAGCAA